AUGUCUUUCAUGGACGGUUCGUCGGGCUAUUACCAAAUACGCAUGGCACCAAAAGAUGAAGAUCUUACUGCAUUCCGUACCCCAAAGGGUAUUUAUUUCUACAAGGUAAUACCUUUUGGCUUGAAGAACGCUGGCGCUACUUACCAAAGUGCUAUGCAGAAUAUUUUCGACGAUUUUUUCCACAAGAAUGUUGAAUGCUAUAUUGGUGACUUGGUGGUAAAAUCAAGAGAGAAGGGCAGCCACUUUAAAGACUUGAGGAUGCUAACUGAUGAACUACCUGAUGAGGAUGGUGUUGCACAUCGUGGAGGAGCUGGGGCUGGCAUAGUAUUUGUCACUCCCCAAGGUGAAGUCUUUCCCUACUCCUUCACCUUGACGCAAUUCUGUUCUAACAAUGUUGCUGAGUAUCAAGCAUUAAUACUUGGGCUUGAAAUGGCCAUUGAUAUAAAGCAAUUGGAAUUACAAGUCUUUGGUGACUCCCAGUUAGUGGUCAAUCAGCUUUUGGGUAGUUACGAGGUUAAGAAGCCAGAACUACGCCCAUAUCAUGAUUACGCUAAAAAGUUAAUAGGGUGA